AUGCCUUCGUCAGGUCGCCCAUUCCCACUCGAAACUGUCACAAAAAGACAGUUGAGACAUCUCUGCAAGGUUCUCUGGUCCUGGCCCGAUUGCGAAGGUUGCUGCGAUGAUAAGCCUUGCUCGUCACACGGCUGUCCUUUCAAGCGCAUGAAACGACUCAGCCGAUUCUUCGAGCAUUACAAAGAUGUAAUAGCGGCAUACGAGCCCGAUACUAAACACGGUGAAGGAGUCGCUGCUCUGACCUGCCACGAGGAUCUGUUUAGGAUCCUCGUGCUUUUGAGAUCUUCUCCCGAGUUGACGCGGUCCCAAAUUCGGAAUACACUGUUCGCAGACCGCCAAGGGGUAGAUGAGGAGGGUGCAAUUGACAUCGCAGUGAAGAUUAUGGUCAUGGUCAACUGUUCCGCUGAUCUGCGUUCCGCUUCAGGUCUGCAAGACAGAGUCCGCUGGCCAAACGACAUCCCCUUCUCCCAGUUUGUGAGCGACUUGUUUCCGACACCAACCGAUCACCCCAGACUGAACGAGGACGACAUGGAAAUUCAUUCCUGGUCGAACGAAGACGAUCUGGAAAAGGGUGUUGACAAAGUUGAUAUCAAGGGAGCAUUGCUUGCAAAGAAAUUAAAGAAACAUGCUGGAUUGAAUUUUCAGCCAACAGAUGAUCUCAGAUGCCAUCUCAGACUCGACAAGAAAAAUGGCGUCCUGGAGCUGUACCAUCACGCAGCCUUCUUAAAGGAGCAUUUGAGGUUGACAAAAGACAAGCCUGAGAAUUUAUCUCUCGAGGAAUCAUUGCGACUAGGAGCCUUGCCCCGCCAACUCGUCCUCGAAAUCCUCGACUCCCUUCAGAAAAUACUCUUCCCUCGCACAGAUAAAAAGUCCCGCAAAAUCCUCGACUCUCUCACAGCUACGCAGGGGUUUGAUGAAGACUGUGGCCGCUAUGAGUCCACAACUAUACGAAAUGCAAAGGAAAAAGACAUUCCAUAUCACUACUUCGGUGCGCGACUCGCAGAGCUGCACGAAGAAUUGGAAAACCCAACGCCUCGCGGAAUCGAAAGGUGGUUUCAGAGGAAGAGUGGAGCAAGAUAUGUUAUGAUGGCUACACUUGUUGGCGUGCUCAUCGCAAUCAUUUUAGGAAUUGCGGGUCUGGCUGCGUGUGAGUGGCAGCAGCUAGGCGCGGUAGAAGCACUCCUCGAUAAAGAAGCAGAGCUCAGAGUCGACAGCAUUGACAACAAUAUAAAGACGCCAUUGCAUAUAGCCGCCAGCACAGGUCGCGUUGAUAUUGUCAAGAUGCUUCUCAAGGAAAUUUGGGAUUUUGGAAUGGGGGGCGUGCUUCUUGAAAGCAAAGACAACGAUGGUUCGACACCACUACAUCUUGCCGCCGGUCAUGGUCGCUGUAAGGUUACCUUCGAGCUUCUCGAGAAACGCGUACGGCCGCCUCGUGCGGCUGGAGUGGAGAACAACGAGGGCCGUGUACCACUCCACCUCGGUGCCAUAAACGGACACUUGAGCGUUGUUCAGCGCCUUCUUGACUGGGAUGUCGAACAAAUAAAAGCCGUGGAUAAAAAUUCAUCAAACCCCAUACACCUGGCUGUAGAACGAGGAAAUUUUGGCGUGGUAUUAUCCAUUUGCAAGGAACAUAAAAAGCAGAAUUAUUCACUUGAUGUUUUCAACUCCGAAAAGAAAGAAGAAUCGACAUUAACACCACUUCAUUUAGCUUUGUACACAAGAACAUAUCAAGUUUUACACCCCUUCACAUGUCGUGCAGCAAAAGGCUUUCUCGAUAUAACUAAACUGCUUAUCCGCUUUGGCGCAAAUCCAACAGCCAGAACUAGCGAUGGUUCUACGCUUCUUCACUUCGCGUCAGAAAACGGAAACGUGAGGGUGGUCGAGGAGCUUUUCUACCACCAGGACUUUGUAUCCCCUAUGAACAUAAGAGAAAACCAAGGUCGACUUCCGAUAUUCCUAGCAGCAAAAGGAGGUCAUUACAGAGUGAUCGAGCUACUUCGAUCUAAAUUUACUGCCUCGGACGCUUCCGACUUAGAAGGUCACACUGUUCUACAUUAUGCUUGCGAGGGAGGAAGCCUUACAUUUGUGAAAGAGCUCUUAGAUGGAGACUUUGUGGGACGUUUAGAUGUUCUGGACAAUGAAGAACGAACACCACUGCAUAUUGCGGCAACAGCUGGGCAUCUCCAGAUCGUCAGGGAGUUACUGGAAAGAAGAGCAAAUUCCGAAUUACCUGACAAAAAUCAUUACACGCCUUUAAAGUUGGCCAAUAAUGAAGGAGUUAUUAAGGAGCUCUUACCAUCAGAUGGCAAAACACGAGCGCAGCGCGUCGAACGGAGUGAUUCCAGGAGAUGUUGGGGCACUUCAGCAUUCAGAGGGAAGCUGAUUUGUACUCUUACUUUAUGA